AUGUCCAUUCAAAAGAUCUAUUCACUACAAACAUUGCCCAUUGAGUUGAUUCAUCGAAUUUUCGAUCAGCUCGAUAUACAAACAAUUAUUUUUUCAAUUCGCUCUGCAUGUAAAUUAUUUUAUUCUAUUACUAAUACUUAUAAUCGCUAUGCAUUGGUCUUUCGUUAUAUGUCGAAAUCUGAUCUAUUACUUAUAGCACGUAUUAUUGAUCCUAAAAAUGUUAUUUCACUGACACUGUCAGAUGAAAAUGAAACACAUAGUGAAAUUCAAUUCUUUUUUUCUCACUUUCAUAUUGACCAAUUUAUUCGACUACGUUCAUUGACGCUUUUUUAUAUAGAAUAUGAAGAUUUAGAAAAAUUUCAAAAACAUAUUAUGAAAUAUCCCUUAAAAAAAUUCUCUAUUUCAUCAAACGUACUUGGUAGCAACAACAUUGCAACCUCAUUAUCAGCUAUUCUAUCGUACCACGAUUUUCAGAAAUUUGAAUUUGAUGGAAGCGAAAACAUUCUUAAUGAAAUACAAUGGCCCGUAUCAUGUGGAUUAGAACACGUCACAAUAGCUCAAUGGUACAGUUGGAGUACGGUUUAUUUUGUUCUUUCUCAUUUGCCUUUCUUACGAACAUUAGUUUUGAAAGAUGAUUCUGCUGGAAUUUCAUUUAAAGAGACUAUUGUUACGCAAUAUGAUAUCAAACAGUUAUGUCAUUUAUCUUCGCUCUCAUUAAACAGUCGUUACAAUAUAACAACAAAUAAUAUGCGAUCACUUCUUGUACAUCUACGUAUGCUAACACAUCUUCGACUGAUUGGUCAACAACCUUUAACUGAUUCUCUAUUAUUUGACGGUUUUCAAUGGGAAAAUAUAAUUGAAACGAAAUUACCUUCAUUAAAUAAGUUCGAAUUCUGGUUUAGUAAACAUUUAUAUCACUAUGAAGAUGUUACUGCUGUAGAAUCAAUAAUGACAUCAUUUCAAACAUCAUUUUGGCUUGAAACUAAGUGUUGGUUCGUUAAAUGUGACUAUGUAGAAAAUAAAUAUUGUCGACAGUUGUAUCUCUAUUCGACACCAAUCUACCGAUAUAGUUUUGAUUAUCUUGACGGAGAAAAUACUAUUCUGUAUUCUACAACGAACAAUAUUAAUAACAAUGCUACCAUCAUUGUCAAUACACAAAGAUUAUCCUUAGAUUUAAACAAACUCAUGACUAAAGAUAUUCAACAAAAUACUAAUCGAAAAAUGCAGUAUCUAUUUCAAAAUGUGAGAGAACUUACAUUGAUGAUUGGUCAUCAAUGGUCGAUGGGAUCAAUUGAAUAUCUCUCAAGAAUUCUUAAUCUAUCAAAUCUUGAAAUAAUAUGCUUGCAUUGUCAACAUGGAUCUAAGGUUGAUACUCAUGGUUUAGAUGCCGAAAUGGAUACUUUAUUCAAACAUACAUCGAAUCUUCGUUCAUUUCAAAUGAAUUGCAAUAAUUUUGAGAGAAUGGCAUCGAUAUCUCUGAAUGGUAUCUGUUUAAAAUUACCUAGUUUUAUCAAACAUCUUUCUACUGAUAUUAUGCAUAUGAGUGAUGCAAAAAUGAUAUUAGAACGAGUCGAACAUUUAUCAAGUGUCACAUUUUAUAGACAUGAUCCAUAUGAUUUCGCUAAUGAGAUCAUUAUAUGGCUCAGACAACAUGAAAGAGAUUCAGUAUGUAAAGUAGGUAGGUACUUUUGCUUCAACUCUUACAACGAUGAGCUUAGCUUUCCAGUAUAUUUAUGGCUUAACAAUAUUACGCAUAAGCAAUCAAACACAUCAGUUAGCCAUAAACGUGUUAAGCGAAUGCAUCACAAUCACUACGCAUGAUCCCGUAUAUUCACUGACAUACUAAUCAACUGAUUGUAUACAAAGCAUUAUCAAAUAGAAUUCACAAUAUUUAUGAUUAAAGUUAUUUUUCUUUAAUAAAAAAAAUGUUCAUAUAAUCGAUCUGUAAUGAGGAUGUAGGUUUGAUAAUGAAUGAAGUUCUAUUGUGUUUUCAAAUGUUUAUAACAAAAAAGAAAAUCAUUAAAAUAAAAAUCAUCGACAAUGAAUCAAUCAAUAACUUUUUAUUAUUAGGUUCACCAAUCCUCAUCGAACUGAACAUUUCACAUUUAUGUCACAAUGGAAAAUUUUUUUUUUUGAUUCUGAUUAUCAUUAAAAAAAAAACCUGCUCAAUGUACGUUUGGGAGAUAGACCAAAACGAAUGUCAAAAACUUCAACACGAGUUCGAUUCGAUUCAGAACAGAAUGGAUGCAUAUUCGAUUCAAAUUGCUGUCAAAUAAAAGAUGCUAUAAAUUUUUGCAUACUAUCAAAUUUUGACUCUGUGAUCUCCUGAUUAGUAAUCAGCGGAGUCACAUUCUUUGAUUCGGAAAUUUAGUUUUAUUAUAUUUCAGUUUCCAAUCCGAAAUUCUUUUUGUAGCUUAGCGAUUUCUUAUUCAUAUCAAAUGUUUGAUACUCUAAAAGGAUAAACAAGUAAACAAAUCAAUAAGAAAUGUACAGAAUAUAGUCGUGAGAUUAAUUUCUGUCUUUUCCUGAAACCACAAAUAUAAUGGUCAGCAAAAGUGAACCAGACAUAUGAACUAAAGUCAAUGGAACCAAUUCAUAUGGAAGUUGUGAAUCAAUCAAAUAAAAGAUCGAUGUUAUCUAACUCUUCAAACGAUAUUUUUCUCUUCCGUUUGGCUCGAAUAACAAAUAAGAUGACAGCCGUACAACAAUAAGAAUAAAACUAAUAAAAUAUAUCAGUAUUCCUUAAUAUUUUUUCGCAUGUCACUCUAAGCAGUUUUCGAAAAAAUGUUUACAACAAGUACUGGAGUGAACAACUUGUCAACUAAAGUGAAUGAAAACUUUUCUACAUAUGAUCAACCAAAAUUAAUUAAGAUCAUAAAUCAAAAGAAAUUUUUAACACAUUCGACCCGAUUCAGUUUUCUUAAAAAAUUUUUUCGAGAUGUUUAUUUUCAUGGGGAUGUUACUUCUAAUAAAUGUACUUAAUGACCUUUUCGUUAUCUUCUACUGAU